CGACGCUCACCACCACGAUUCUCUCAGCCGCGCGACAGACCCUAUCAUGACUCUGAUAACUGGCGCCCCGGUGACCGGAGGCAAGAGCCUCGCUCUCGCCCAUAUGGCGAUGACCGUGGAGGCGGCGAUUCAUACCGGCCGGCCGUCCCUCAGGGAGAUUUUACGUUUCGCGUCGAGAAACCAGCUGGCAUCUCUGACUACGCGCCAGCUGGCCAGCCGUCACAUCGACGCCAGCCGCGGAGAGACGGAAGAAGAGGCGGCCCGGCACAGAGAUUAGGCAGACCUCGCUGGCAGCCGCCGCCUCAUCAUUCUGAGCGCGCCUUGAUCUCUGGCAUCAACACUGACCUCCCUGAGGAGAGUGUACACAACAGCGAAGGCGCAAAGUAUCGCGAUCUAGACGAGCUUUCGGACGAUGACGAGCUUGAUAUGGACAUCUCUUCACGAUCGUCGCAGUCUGAUACAGAAGAACCCUCAAGAAAAAGAGCGCGCACGGCUUUGGCCGAUGAGUCUGCUGAAGCAACCCCCAAGUGGUCCAAUCCAGAUCCGUACACAGCGCUUCCUUGCCCAGACGAGACCACUCGAAAGAAGCGGGACGUUGUAAAGCUAAUCCGCAAGGCAAGGGUGGAGGAGAUUACAAUCAAGACCGCUGCCGCUGCUGAGGCUGAAGAUUUCCUUUCGUUUGAACCUAGCGACGAGGAGAGUGAAGAGUCAGGCGACGAUAAGGUUGUUAACUCCCAGCCACCACCGCCGCGCAAGGAACUUUCCGGUAUUCUACCCAGCAAGCUUCCACCGCCUCCUAUGGGUAUAAAUUCUCUCCCAAGCAAACCAGUUGUUACCCACAACACCCCAGGUCCUCUUGGCUCUCGUAAGCGUACUGCAGACGACGAGAUCAUCCAACCACCAGAUUACGGCCAGCUCAAGAAAGCAAACAUGAAGCCUUCUAAGGGAGACUUAGUGCCAAACUGGGCACCGAAAUCACAUGAAGAGCCUUGUCCAUGGGCGACUGUCGACCAUUCUGCCACUACAGAUAUGCCUUUUCGACUGCACAAAGAAAUCAUGGAUUUCUACCACUUUGUCAAGCCUCGUGACUUUGAGCAGGCAAUUCGCGACAGUCUGGUAGACAACUUGCGAAAGGCCAUGAAGAGGGACGACCGAAGCUUUGCCAGCGCUCAGCUUUUCCCGUUCGGCUCUUUCAAGUCUGGCCUAUACCUUCCAACUGCUGACAUGGACAUGGUUGUAUGCUCUGCUAGCUUCAUGAGAGGCGGCCCCGCUACGUACCUCAGUGCUAGAAGCUGGCUGUACAAGUUUCGCAAGUUUCUUGUGGCCCAGCGAGUUGCCGAGUUCGACUCGAUCGAGGUUAUUGCCCACGCUCGAAUCCCGCUCGUCAAAUUUGUUGACAAGGCCACCGGACUGAGAGUCGACGUAUCCUUUGAAAACCUGGGCGGAGUUACGGCGAUUGAAACCUUUGCGCGCUGGAAGAAGGAGUAUCCGGCAAUGCCUAUCCUCGUUACAGUGAUCAAGCACUUUCUUCUCAUGCGGGGCUUGAAUGAGCCUGUUAACGGAGGCUUGGGAGGCUUCACCAUCAUUUGCUUAGUUGUCAGCAUGCUGCAGCUCAUGCCCCAAGUCCAGAGCCGCAACCUCAUCCCGGAGCACCAUCUUGGAGAGAUGCUUCUCGAAUUCUUCGAACUAUACGGGCGCCAGUUCAACUAUGAGAGGAAUGCCAUUUCUCUUACUACUCCUAUUGGAUAUAUUCCCAAGUCCAAGGUCACCAGUUUUGCUUACAAAAACACGACCCGUCUCUCCAUCAUUGAUCCUAACAAUCCGGCCAACGACAUUGCUGGCUCCUCAUCAAAUAUGCCUGGCGUUCGGAUUCGUUUCUACGAUGCCUAUCUCGCUCUCCAAGCGCGUAUGAAAGAGGUUGCAAAAGAUGCCAAAUGUGGUGGCAUCCUUGAUGUGAUUUUCCGAGGAGACUACUCAUCCUUUAGGAUGCAGCGAAACUUUCUCCAGCACGUUCAUGAGAAG